AUGGCGCGAGUUCCGUUCAUCGGGAGGCUGUUCUGGUAUGAGUACCUAGCGCUUUUUGGGUCUUUGAUUCUUGUUGCGCUUGAGACGAUCAUUCAUUUAAUUACUUGGUGUCUUCCAAGCCCUAUCAUCAAGUUUUGCUACGAUCAAUCCAAGUCGCUGUUCAACCUUUUAAUCCCCAAUGAAAGCCGCCAAAAGCGCACCAAAGAAGAAAAGUUUGCCAGUUCUGUUGCGGAUGCGUCUGAUUUUACGGAGAUAUGCGCCCUCUUCGGGUACCAAGCCGAGGAGCAUAUUGUACAAACGAGCGAUGGCUACCUUCUUGGACUGCAUCGGCUGGCGUACCGCAAAGGGGAAGAAAACAUGUACGUCAAUCAGGGUCCCAGUGCACUCAGGAAAAAAGUUGUCUACCUCCACCACGGACUGCUCAUGUCGAGUGAGGUGUGGGUGGCCUUGACAGAAGAGCAGCGUUGCCUGCCUUUCCAGUUGGUAGAAAGGGGAUACGAUGUAUGGCUGGGGAAUAAUCGUGGUAACAAAUACUCCAAGAAGUCGAUUCGAUUCUCCCCGGGUUCCAAUGAGUUUUGGGACUUCUCUAUGGAUCAGUUCGCAUUCUCCGAUAUCCCCAACAGCAUUGAGUACAUUCUCGAGGUAACGAACCAGCCCUCGUUAUCAUAUAUUGGAUUCUCCCAAGGCACCGCGCAGGCUUUUGCUACCCUCGCUAUUCAUCCACUGCUCAAUCAGAAGAUCGAUGUGUUUGUAGCACUGGCACCUGCGAUGGCUCCUUCGGGCCUUCGCAACCGUAUCGUCGACUCACUCAUGAAGGCCUCUCCGGACUUUUUGUUCCUGCUCUUUGGUCGACGCAGCAUAUUAUCAUCGACAACCAUGUGGCAGACAAUCCUCUAUCCACCAAUCUUCGUGCGCAUUAUUGACACCGCUCUCAGAGCACUGUUCAACUGGAAGUGUCGCAACAUCAAGCAGACUCAAAAGCUUGCGGCUUACCUGCAUCUCUAUUCCUUCACUAGCACAAAGACUGUCGUGCAUUGGUUCCAAAUCAUUCGGAAUAAGAACUUCCAGUUCUACGACGAUGAAGUGUAUGCCCCCUUCAGCGUUGCUGCCAGUGAGCGCUUCUAUAAGCCGGUCAAGUACCCGACUCGCAACAUCAAGACCCCAAUUGUUCUUCUGUACGGCGACAGCGACAGCCUUGUCGACAUCGGGGUGAUGCUGAAAGAGUUGCCCCGUGCCACCGUUGCCCAAGCAAUCCCAACCUACGAGCACCUAGACUUUUUGUGGGCCUCUGACGUUGACCGCCAAGUGUUCGGCUAUGUGUUCGAUGCGCUCGAGACUCACAGUCGUGGCCCGCUUGGCAGUACCUUGGUUUCCUCUGACAAACACGCUGUACCAACCGAUGCUCGUGUUUCCAACACGUCGGCCCGAAAAAACCACGUCUUCCCUAAUGAUGCCGCUUACGGGGCCACGUACGGGGGCUCUUUCUAA